ACUCGAAGCUUUGCUUCAUCACCUGAUGAUAAGAAAUCCUACGAUGGAGACACUAAUGAUAAUGGCGAUUUUGACGUGAACCAGCUUCCAGUUGAGAAUUUCUUUGAUGAUGACUCACGGAGAUUCAUCACCAUAUGGUUAUUCCUGUGGGACGUAAAGCGAAAAAAUGCCGAUGAAACAAACUCUCGUGAAAUCAAGAUCAACACUGAACAAAUCCGAAAUAAAUUCCCGUGA